GACUGAACGGCGUCCGCUUCUCGCGCUCCUCAGCGGCUGGCGGAAGCGCCGACUCCUCGCCUCCCCGAGUCCUGCCGUUAGGUCGCGGCGUCUCAGAUUCCAGGCCAAAGCCAAGAACUCUGAGCUGAUUGGAACUGACUCUGCCAUGGGUGUAUAAAGCCAUUUCUUGCAGCCAGUGAGGGGGAGCCAGACUGAUCAGAAUCCAGCGCCCGCAGCUACCUUGCAGAGAGAUGAGUGAGGGCGUUGAUUCGACUGAGGCGCAACAGAUGUUGAAGCAGCUCUGUAAGAGCAACAGCAACACAGAGAGUGGAGGGGAAUCAGGUCAUGCAGCUAACUCCAGGAAAUGUACAAGUAAAGGUCAAGUUGUGGUCGUGGUCAUAAUCACAAUCUUGGUUUUGAUCAUCAUUGCUUUAGCAGCAGCUUUGGGAGUGGAAAAAUCUAGGCAGUCUCCUCCAUGCCCCCCUGCUGCCUCCUGGUGCCCGGACGGCUGGUUCAGGAACCGAGGGAAAUGUUACUAUUUUUCUAAGGCCGAAGGGAACUGGACCUACAGCCAGAGCUUCUGCUCGUCGCACGCUGCCUCCUUGGCCGGGAUUGAUAAUCUACAGGCUCUGGGUUCCCUGCUGCCCUACAAGGGCAAACUGGACCACUGGAUCGGGCUCUGGAAGGACACGGGCCAGGUCUGGAAAUGGGCCAACAGGACUGAGUUUGACCAUCGGUUUCAAAUACAAGGUGGAGCUGACUGCGCUUUUCUGGACGAAGACCUCACAGUCAGCAGCUCCAGCUGCAGCACACCGAGAAAAUGGAUCUGCUGUAAACCUGAUGCCCCUACGAAGGAAGAGGAGCAUGCGGUGGGAGGGGACUCGUGAACUCAAGGGGAUCGCAGAUCAGACAUGGCAAAGCCUGGUUCUGGUCCCCUCCAUGGCCCUAUAUGCUGCAGCCUAUUUACUUGUUUCUUAGGGCAUGGCUAUACUUGAAGAUGUAGAGCGCUGUGAGUUAAACCAGCCUUCAGAGAGCCCAGUAUGCAAAGCGCUGCAGUGUGUCCACACUGUCAGCUGCGUGCGCACUGGUGUGGUCACAUUUACGGCACUUGCAGCAGCAUUGGGACCAGUACAUUAUGGGCAGCUAUCCCAUAGAGCACCUCUUCCCAUUCUGGCGCUGUCUCUUGUGGGAAGGGGGCGGGAGGUGCAGGGCAUUCUAGUCCUGUCCCAAACGCCCCGUGAUGCAUCACUUCGCAUCCCAGCAAUCCCUGUGCUUCCGUCCACAUUUGGCGCUAUCUUUCAACGUUUUUUGGACUGCGUGCUCUGUCUUCCCUUUCGGUCCGCAGGAAUGGAGCCCGAACUGCUGAGGAAUAUGCUGACGAGUCUCACCAGCACGUCACGUUUGGCAGUUGAGUUACUCCUUAAGAUACAAAGUGACAGUGAGGAGUCCGACGAUGA